AUGCCUCCCCUCUCAACCCAACACCGCCGCCACGACUCCACCCACUCAACCACCUUCUCCCGCCCCUCCAUCCUCCCAACCUCGGGCUCAGGAACCAACCUAAGCGGCGCAGCACAACAACCCUCAUUCGGACCCAGCGGCAUGAGUGGCAGUGGCAGUGGCAGUGGCAAUAGCACCAGCGGCUCAACCCCGUCCAUGUCCGCUGCCAAAACCAGGCAGUACGCGCACCUCCACUCGCAGCUGGCACAGCUCAACGCCAACCUCGCUGACACUGAGAACCUGCUCCGCAUGACGGCUGUGCAGGCCGGGGAUAUGCGCUUUCUCGGUGGGUAUGUUGGGGCGCUGUUUAUGGGGUCGGCGAAGAUUUUGGGGGAGGAGGGGGUUAAGGGGAAUGCGGAUCCGGAUUUGAGGGGUAAGGGCCAGAGUCGGGUGGAUGAUGAGGAUGAAAUUGGUGGUAAGGAGGGUAUCAAAAGGGAGGAGAGUGAUGAGGAUUGA